AAUGCCGCUGCGCACAGGUGAAAGCCGAUCCCCACGGGCUGCGAGCGGCGGCGGGUGACGGCGACGGAUUCGGUCCGUGGGUUCUUCUUUGCCAUCGCUCGGAGCGUGUCACUGAACCGUCCACCAUGUCCAUGGGGCUGGAGAUCGGCGGCGUGGCCUUGUCGGUGCUGGGGUGGUUGUGCAGCAUCAUCUGUUGCGCGUUGCCCAUGUGGAGGGUGACGGCCUUCAUCGGCAACAACAUCGUGACGGCCCAGAUCAUCUGGGAAGGGCUGUGGAUGAACUGCGUGGUGCAGAGCACGGGGCAGAUGCAGUGCAAGGUCUACGACUCCAUGCUGGCGCUGCCGCAGGACCUGCAGGCCGCCCGCGCCCUCCUGGUGGUGUCCAUCGUCCUGGCCGUCAUAGGCUUGAUGGUGGCCAUCGUGGGCGCCCAGUGCACCCGCUGCGUGGAGGACGAGAGCACCAAGGCCAAGAUCACCAUCGUCUCCGGCGUCAUCUUCCUGCUCUCCGGCGUCAUGACCCUCAUCCCCGUGUGCUGGUCGGCCAACACCAUCAUCCGGGAUUUCUACAACCCGCUGGUGAUCGACGCGCAGAAGCGGGAGCUGGGCACCUCGCUCUAUGUGGGCUGGGCGGCCUCCGCGCUCCUGCUGCUGGGGGGGGCCCUGCUCUGCUGCUCCUGCCCCCCCAAAGAGGACAGGUACCCCACGGGCAAGGUGGCCUACUCCGCCCCGCGCUCCGCCGUCACCAGCUACGACAAGAGGAACUAUGUCUGAG